UGGAAGGAGGCGGAGAAGGGGCAGGGCUGGCCGGGCGGUUGCUGCUGCGAUCCGCGCCCGGGGGGCUGCACCCGGGGACCGGCUGGAACUGACCAGCCCCCGGACCGCUCCGGCAGCCAGGCAGCGGCGGAGCGAGGACCACAAGGAGCCGGGGCAGCGAUCGGCGGGGUGACCCGGCCCCGGUGCACCCACCCGCGGCGGCUUGGGGGCGGGGGGGCGAAGGGGGGCCGCCGGCAGCAAGAAAGUUACAGCCAAGUCCGGAGCGGCCGCUGGACCCCUCUGCCCGCAUUGCACGGGGAGGUGGGUCAGAGCAGACGCGGGGUGAGGGGCUUGCAACCUCCCCGGGAUCACCAGGACUGGACUGGGGGCAUCCGGAAAAGCGAGUUUUCUGCCUUGGAAGAGGAACCCAGCUGUUCGAUCCCCAACAAAACAUCUGGCGUUACCAGCUACUCAGUGGAUUUCCCUCCCAAAAUAUUAUAUCCAUCUCCUGUUUCUUUCUAUCCCUCCAUCCCCCCUUUUCUAGAUCUAUCUAUCCCCAUACACCCCCUCUAUCUAAUCUCUGCCCUCCCCCUAUUUCUUAAGGAGCAUAUUUCUUUCUCAAAACAAACCCCAGAGCCAAAGGGUUAAACGUCCAGUCUGCAGCCCCCUCGCCCCAACCCUUGGAUGGGAGUCGGGAGCGCUUCAGGAAGAAGGGAGGCGAGAACGCCUUAAAAAGUCCUGGGACUCUCAGGACAGCCCAGAUGCUGAGAGGAAGAGGAGGUCAUCUGAAGAAGUAAAGCAAGGAGCUUCCACCUCAAAGGAAGGAACUGAGGCAGGAUGGGGUCUGUGCAUGGAGGCUGGAUCAGCCGGCUUUGCGUGGCUGGACUGGCCCUGGGUCUGGCCCUGCUGACGGCCCAGCUCUGCCAAGGCAGCAGGAAGGUCCCUCAGCGGACGUCCCGGCAGGUGCCUGAGGAGGACGGAGCUGGAAACCAAGUGGCGGGUGCCUGGAGCAGCUGGAGCCCGUGGUCAUCCUGCUCCCAGCCCUGUGGGGUGGGGGUCUUGGAAAGGGUCCGCACCUGCCUGCCCCCCUAUCAGCAAGCCCCCUGGGGGGGCCCUCACAGCCCACACACGUACGCCCAGCCCCUGUACCCACAGGAACGGGCCAAUCCUUACCCACCACGGUCAUCCUACCCCCUUCACACUGAUGGGGAAUCGGGGGCGCCUCUCUCCCCACCGGGGCCUGCCUUCCCCCUCCACAGCGACUCUGCCCUCCCCCUCCACAGCGGCUCCAGCCACACCCGGGCAGCCCCCCCUCCCGCCCGCUACGGGCCCCCGAACAGGUACAUCCGCCACGAGUCCUUCCCCUCCGAGCAGCUGCCUUUGUCCCCGCUGCGGGAUGCCUCCUCCACGCACUCCAGCCGCGGGAGGGACCCAGCCCUCGCCCCCAGAGCCCCAAGGCGGGAAGAGGACCCGUCCGGCAAAGCAGGCGCUUCCAGCCGCGGCCUGGCCCACUCUUCACGUCGGCUGCGCCACCCGGACGCUCCCGCCACCUCCAGCCCGGAAAGGCCCUUCAGACGCCGCAGCUCGGCCCCGGCGCGGCUGCCCGCCCAGGAGUCACUCCCGCUCUUCAAACCCGAGCGGCGGGGCAGCCACGAGGCGGGCGGCGCAGCCGGCAGCUCCCGACACGCUGCUCUCGGGUCCAAGUGGGCAGCGUCCCCAACGCAGGAGUCCCGCGCCGCCAGGAGGUCUCGAAUUCGAGAGUCGAUCAAACCGGGGAAAUAUGGCUACGGGAAGGUGCCCUUCGCGCUGCCGCUGCACAAGGAAGUGGCGGAGGGGGGCACGCCACGGUUCAAGAGACACCCAGGGCCCCCGAGCGACCAGCCACCGCCACCCACCAAGACUCCCAAGCGCAAGGCCAAGGAAGCCCCCAGCCGGGAGAAGGAGCCGCCGGCCAAAGGCGAGCACCAUCCGCACCACAAGCAGAGGAAGGCCAUGCCGGCGGAGGACUCCGCGCAGCCCCAGCUCCAGGCUGGAGCGCUGGCAGAGAACAGCUCAGAGCUGGCAGGGCAUAGGGCGAGGCCCAGAAGUGAGGGAGAGGGGCCUGCUCCACACCGCCAGCCCCACACGGCCGAGCAGGGCAGCGCUGGGCCACUGAAGGCCGAGGCCACAGCCAAGUCCCACACAGGCCCUUCGGAGGACGAGGCGAGUCCUGGAGAGAAUCGGGAGCCAGCAGCAGCAUCCCCAGAGCUGCAAGGGGCCCGGCAUCGCACCAGGGAGGGCACUCCCCAGCUGGGCCCCUCUCCCACGGAGCAGCCGUCCCUGUUUGUUGCUUGGGCUCCGGCGGCCACCGUAGGGCCCGGCGGGGGAGAGCCAACGGCUGUGGAGGAGACGGGUUCGCAGGAGUCGCGCCUGAGGGCGGGAGCGCAGGCGCCCGCCAAGCGAGGAGGAGGAGACGGGCCCGGGGACGGCACAAGGGGUAUCCAGCAGCCUUCCCGCCCUGGGACACCCACGGGAGAGAGGGACCCGAGCAGCGGCCAUGCCCCUCGGCCACGGGGGGAGCUGCGCCUCACGCACGAGGUGCUGAAGAACCACAGCUCCACCGUGGAGGCGCAGCUGGCGCCCAAGGGACACGGGGCAGGGGGUGGCCAAAAGGGGGCACCAGAACUCGGCCACCCCCAUCCCCACUCCCACCAUCGGGCCACAGGAGCACCAAAGCCCGGGCCUGAGGCCACCCACCUGGCCCAGCCAGAGGGAGCAGGCCCUGCUGACCCCCCCGCACGCUCCCAUCCCCACCAGUUGGCCCGGCCCCGUGCUCAGAGACAGAACGAGUACCGCCCGGGCAGCUAUGGUACCCGGGCCUCCCAGAGCCUCUUUGUGGAACAGCCCUCACCUCACCGGCUGGCAGAACCGGACAUCUGGCUGCUCCACCGCGGCAAUCCCGUCCAGUUCCAGGCCAGGGGGCAAAGGCCCAGUCUGGGCCUGCACCCAGGCCCCGAGGUGCCCCAGUGGAAUCUCUACCACCCUGGCACAGAGACGUUCCACUGCGAGGGGGAGAGCAAGCAGUUCAAAGCCUGCAGGCAGGAGCCGUGCCCAGCCGACCAGCCCGACGCCCGAGCCGUGCAGUGCGCUGCCUUCAACACCCAGGAGUUCAUGGGCCGCCUCUACCAGUGGGAGCCCUUCACGGACGUGCGGGGCUCCCAGCGCUGCGAGCUGAACUGCCGCCCGGUGGGGUACCGGUUCUACGUGCGGCACACGGAGAAGGUGCAGGACGGCACGCCGUGCGAGGCCGCCUCCCUCGACAUCUGCGUGGCUGGAGAGUGCUUGAGCCCCGGCUGCGACGGGGUCCUGGGGUCCAACCGGACGCUGGACAGCUGCGGGGUGUGCGGGGGCGACCACUCCACCUGCAAGCUGGUGGUGGGCAACUUCAGUGACUCCAACGUGCCCAUCGGCUACCACAAAAUCCUCGAGAUCCCCCAGGGCGCCACCAGGAUCAACGUGACUGAGAUGACCCGGAGCCCCAACUACCUGGCCUUGAGGAGCCGCUCUGGGAAGUCGAUCAUCAAUGGGAACUGGGCAGUGGAUCCCCCCGGGCGCUACGAGGCAGGCGGCACCGUCUUCGUCUACACCCGGCCGGGCCACGAGGAGCCCCGCGCGGGGGGAGAGUCACUGACAGCCGAGGGGCCCACCACAGAACCCAUUGAUGUGUAUAUGAUCUUCCAGCAGGACAACCCCGGCGUCGCCUACCGCUUCUUCCUGGCGGGGGCCAGACCAGACAGCCCCGCCCAUGACCCUCCCGGCCGCCGGCAGGACGUCAGUGCCCUGACCAUGUUGUCACCAAGCGACCAGCUGGUGCCGCCCACCUCUUACAAUCACCCCAUGGGGACCCGGCACCGGGCGCCGGCACCGGCCAGCCAGUCAGGCAGGACCCCCGGGACACUGCAGCGCAACGUCCGCGUCCCACCACUGUCGCCCCCACCCUGGCACCAGCCGCACGACGUCUAUUGGAAACGGGUGGGGAGCACAGACUGCUCCGCCUCCUGCGGGAAAGGGCUCUGGCAGCCCGUGUUCCGCUGCGCCGCCCGCCACUCCCAGGAGGAGGUUGGGGAGGAGCAAUGCGCCGAUGCCCCGAAACCGCCCGCACCGGACGAAGCUUGCAACACCCAGCCCUGCCCGGCCUACUGGGACGUGGGCGAGUGGUCGGCCUGUAGCAAGUCCUGCGGGCCGGGCACCCAGCACCGCCAGGUCCUGUGCCGUCAGACCUACGCCAACCGCAGCACCAUGGUGCACCCGCAGCACUGCGGCCAGCUGGACAAGCCCAGCCCCACGCAGCCCUGCCAGCUCCGCGUCUGCAGCCACUGGGAGGUGCGCACCAACUGGAGUGCGUGCUCGGUUCUGUGCGGCCUGGGCCACCGGACCCGCCACAUCCGCUGCAUCAGUAACCAUGGCGACCUGCUGAGCGACGGCGAGUGCAACGGUAGCCACCGGCCCCCGGCCAAUGAGGCCUGCGACAUGGGGCCCUGCGUGCGCAGCUGGUUCCACAGCGACUGGAGCAACACGUGCUCGGUGGAAUGCGGGACGGGGAUCCAGCGCCGCUCGGUGGUCUGUCUGUCCAGCUACGCCAACGGGCAGGUGGAGGAGACCUGUGCGGGCACCAAGCCUGCCGACAUGCGGGCCUGCAACAGCGGGCCCUGCCACCGCACCGUGAAGUGGUACACGGGACCCUGGAGCCAGUGCUCGGCGGACUGUGGCACCGGCACCCAGCGGCGGGACGUGAUCUGUGUCAGCAAGUUUGGCUCGGAGUUCAAUGUGACGGAGGCAUCGGAGUGCGCCCCCCUGGAGAAGCCGCCCUCCCUGCAGCCCUGCACCGGCAGUGCCUGUGACGCUCGCUGGUUCUCCACCUCCUGGAGCGCGUGUUCCAAGUCGUGUGUGGGGGGAGUCCAGGUGCGGGAGGUGCAGUGCCUGACCCAGAACAAAACCUUCAGCAAUCUUUGCCCGUCGGACCUCAGGCCCAUCAAGAAACGCUCCUGCAAUACCCAGCCCUGCACCCCCGAUCUCGGAUCUAGAGUCCUCAAUUGAGUUUGGGGCCCUGUUGUGCCAGGCAUUGCAUAGGCUGAGUGAGAGACAGGCCCCUAAACAGUUACCAUCUAAAGCCCUGAGUCAGCACAGCUCUUACUCACAUGCUAGAAUUUAAGGGCGUAUUCGUGUGUGUUGCGGAAUUGGGGCCUUCUCUGCGCUUUGCUUGGCUGGGACGGUGGCAGGAGCCUGGUGAAUCUCUGUCCAACCUGGCUACAACAUCAUUGCAGACAACGAUGAUUGAGACACAACUGAAUUUUGCGUCUGAAAUGGCAACUCCCCAACAUGAAGAAAAAGGAAGCAAAACUUAACAGCGACGGCGACUUCCUGAGCAAUGGAGGAAACAAAACGUCCUCAGAUGACUCACUCUCCACAACCCUCUAACCCUGACAUACAUCCCCAAAUACACUGACCAGCUGUGCAAAAGGACUUCCGAAAAAUUGAGGAACCUUCACCAGGAGCUCACAUACUCCAGAAGGGACCCCGCCCUCAAACAAGAAAUCAGCAUAUGGUCCCACACAUGGGAAGGAAAAAAUCAGGAAUCCUACCUGGAGACCAUGCGAGAAACCCAAAACAACUAUCAACUCCCUCUAAUGCCAGCCAUCCAACACAAAACAAAAAGGUGGAACCAACUACAAGAACUCCACAACCCUCAGAACACCACCUCCGAGAGAAACCAGGGCACCAGGACCCGCAUGGACACUACAUGACACCCCAACAUCAUCCAUCUAUGAAGACCACCCGUAUCCAGAGCUGAAUUGUCUCUACUCUACAAGGGACUGAACUUUGCCCCACCACAAAAUCUGGUAUUGUACUAACGUGGAGAACUAGAAGAAUUAUUUCACUGACUUCACUUCAAAGAAUUUCACAACAAUAGCAACACCACCCACAACUAUCACGUCCCCACGGACAGACAUAAGGGAGAAUCAUAUGACCCCACAAUAGCCGAAAUCACACCAUGAUCAUUACACUGAUUGCAUCAGGAAAAAAAUUGAACUCCUUAGUAAAACAUCACAUCCACCCCAAUCUCUCUACCACCCAGAGAACAGCUACACAGUCCCUGAAAGCUAACCACCAGAUAGGUAUCAAACCAGCAGACAAAGGGGGCACCAUUGUAGUACUCAACCGUGAUGACUACAUUAACAAGGCCAGCCGACAACCCUCCGACACCGCCUACUAGGAAGAGAUCAGAGAAGACCCCCACCACAAUUCAGACAGGAACUUAACGAUAUCAUCAAAUCCUUCCCCAAACAACUCUACAACCUUGUCCCCCUACAAUUCUGCCUUCUGCCUGCUUCCCAAGAUGCACAAGGGACCCCAGGCAGACCCAUCAUAUCUAGCCAUUGUGCUCCUACUGAAGGAAUCUUGAGACCCAUAGAAAUCAUCCUCAAACCAUUCACUACACAAAGGACCAGUUUCCUCCAGGACACAACUGACUUCCUCCACAAACUCUGCAACAUUAACAACCUCCCUCAGAACACCAUCCUUGCCACUAUGGAGAUUACUUCCCUAUACUCCAACGUCCCUCACAAUGAAGGCAGAGCUGCCUGCCUCAAAUAUCCACAAGACAAUGGACGACCCUCGGAUAUCCACGUUGCCAAACUCAUCCAUUUCAUCCUCAUCCAUAACAAUUUUACAUUCAACAACAAACGCUUUGGCCAAACCAUGGGAACAGCCAUGGGUACUAGGAUGGCUUCUCACUAUUCCAGUUUCUUCAUGGGCCAUCCUGAAGAAGAAUUUCUGGACAGAUGCACCACAAAACCAAUGAUAUACCUAAGAUGGAUCAAUGAUAUUUUCAUCCUCCGGUCAGAUGGCUUAAACUCCCUCAUAGAUUUCCACCACAACUCCAGCAACCACCACCUGUCCAUUAAACUCUCCCUGGAGCACUCGCACAGUACCAUCCACUUCCUGGACACCACAAUCAGCUUCAUCACUGGAACCCUACAGCAAACCAUACACAAGAAACCCAGGGAUCACCACACCUAUCUUCCCUCAAACAUAGGCACCAACUGCUUGACCCCCCUCCCGCCCCAACUCCACCCCUGCCCCGCUCCAAUUCCAACUCCUUCCCCAAAGUCCCCGCCCCAACUCUGCCCCCUCCCUGCCCCUAUUGGACCCCUUCCCCAAAUCCCCACCCCAGCCCCAUCUCUUCCCCGAGCGCACCACGUUCCCCCUCCCUCCCAGCGCUUGCCGCCGCGAAAUAGCUGUUUCGUGGCAGAGAAGUAGAUUGCAUCAUAGAAUAGGCCACCCAAAUACCCUGAGAGAACCUGUUUCAGUAUGGGCCUCACCUCCAACCACACAUCCCUAAUUGUCACCUACCACCUCACAGUGGAUCUCAUAUGGGGUAGCAUUAAACAGUUACAACUGAUACUUGAUGGGGUAUCCUGAAAGGAAGCUUUCCCGAACCCCCUCUUCUGGCCUUCAAACAACCCUAACUGUCAGGGUGGUUAAACACUGGAACAAAUUGCCUAGGGAGGUUGUGGAAUCUCCAUCUCUGGAGAUAUUUAAGAGUAGGUUAGAUAAAUGUCU